AUGUCGGGCGUCACACACAGCCGCACCUCUCAGGUGAUCAACCUCCCUAUCGAGAAGGUGUGGGAGUUCGUCACGGUGCCCACCAACUGGAUCAAGCUGCAACUGGGGACCUGGAAGGUUCACGGGCCCGGGGGCGAGGACGACCUCGAAUCGGUGUCUCGCACUAUGCAACCGGGCGAGCACUUUCUCGAGUACAUGCACAUGCCGGGCCGGUUCGACCUGGUGGGCGACUGGGUCGUGACUGUGUGCGAGAAGCCGCACAAAUGGGGAUUCAAGUCGGUGCACUGGCACGGCCCGCCCAUGCCCACAGACAUCGAGGCCACCUACACGCUCGAGAAGAUCGACGACAACACGACCCGCUGGUCGAGACACCGGAUCAACACCGUCCGCCCCGGCAAGGAGAACAGCGUCGACUUCCUCGCCGACAAGAGCGACCUCGAGGAGGAGUACCAAGCCGUCACCAAAUCGUUCCUCGAACAAGGUGUGCCAAAUACGAAGCCGUACAAUCCCACCCCACCCCAUGGACCUGGGUGGUUGGAGACUCUUCCAGUGGAUGCUUGA